AUGCUCAUAAGUUUUUUGAAACCAUUAUUACUUUUUUUGACCGCCUUAAACCCGUGCACAAGGAGCCCUUGCCAAAAUGGGGGAGUCUGCACAGUAACUGGAGAUGACUCUUACAGCUGCAAAUGUGCCGACGGAUAUUAUGGACAAACCUGUGAAAAAGUGAGCCCCUGUAAAUCACAUCCAUGUAAAAAUGGUGGAACAUGCACAAUGACGAGUCUUGAUUCAUUCUCCUGCAAAUGUACCGAUGACUUUGAAGGAGACACCUGCGAAAAGCGACUCCCUUGCCCACCUGGGAAAAAGACGGACGAUCCUCAAGGCCGUUGCUGUGUUUUUCCUUUUGAGUAUGGAGGAAAAACUUACCAAUCUUGUACCAAGGUAGCUCAUCACAGAUUGUGGUGUUCAUUUGACGAAGUUUACAAAGGACAAUGGGCUAACUGCGUUGAUGAAUGUCAGUCAUCUCCUUGUAAGAAUGGAGCCAGUUGUAAGAUUACUCAAGAUGGUUACAGUUGUCAGCCAUGUCCUGCAGGAUGGGAUGGGAAAAACUGUGAUGAAGUCGCGUGGAAAUCUGAAGGAUGUUUCAAAGAGCACAAGAGGAAAGCGAAAAUGGUUCUCGGACGUAAAAUCGCCACCGUCCCUGGAAAGAAACUAAGCAUUCAGGACAUAUUUGAUAAGUGCAAAAUUGCAGCGGAAAAGAAAGGUUUCAAGAUUUUUGGUAUUCGAAAAAGGAACAGGUGUUUCUCAACAAGUGAUGGAAAAGUGCAGGAGUUUAAAAAGUAUGGAGUAUCAUCCAAAUGCAAGAUAGAUGACAACGGUCUUGGUGUUGGAAUGAAACUCGCCAACUUUGUCUACACCAGGCUGUAAAGAUAGACUCAAUGCAGAAAUGCAGCAAUGCACAAAAUGGAUUGGAUGGAAUUAGAAGUUCUACCUGAGUAAAUUAAAAAUCUUGUUGGGUUAAGGGUUUUAAUUCAUUAAAGGGUUAAUCUGAACUAAAUAAAAAACGCGGCACAAAUG